GUCGCUUCUCCCCAUAGUCGAUGUGUUUGCUGAAUCGUUCUCAUUUGCGCCUUUACUAAUAUGUAUUCGUCUCAAGCUUGCACAAUGACAAUCUGCAGGAGGAUGUUCUCAACCUCCCGGGCCCUCCUAAGCCAUGACAAUCCUUUGGGCCUUCCUCGUUCUGGUGCCCCCCCGUCCUUCCCCCGUCGUCGCGGCCUGCCUCAGAAGCGCGCGAUCCGAGAUGUCAAGAAAGUGGUGGCUGUUUCCUCUGCCAAAGGGGGUGUGGGCAAAUCGACUGUUGCGGUAAACCUUGCCCUUGCCUUUGCUCGUCGAGGCAUUAAGACUGGCAUUCUUGAUACCGAUAUCUUUGGCCCGUCUAUUCCAACUUUACUCAAUUUAUCUGGCCAGCCCCGGCUCGAUGAAAACAACUGCCUUGUCCCUCUCACAAAUUACGGCCUCAAGUCCAUGUCAAUGGGCUACCUCCUCCCACAAACACAAUCCGAUAGCCCCACUGGCGAAGUACCCAUGGAUACAACCCCGAUCACAUGGCGUGGUCUCAUGGUCACGAAAGCCAUGCAUCAGCUCCUACAUUCCGUCUCAUGGGGACCCCUCGACAUCCUCGUCCUGGAUCUCCCACCAGGAACCGGUGACGUCCAACUCACAAUCAACCAAGAAGUCAUCAUCGAUGGUGCCGUGAUCGUAUCAACCCCCCAAGAUAUUGCACUACGCGAUGCGGUCCGUGGUUUCGGCAUGUUCCAGCGCAUGGACGUCCCCGUUCUCGGCAUGGUCCGCAACAUGGCCUACUUUGCCUGCCCGAACUGUGGCCAUCAAACUCGAAUUUUCUCGCAUGGAGACGGAAAGCAUUCGCAUUGUGAGGAUCAUGGUGUGGUGGCAGAGUGCAAGCGACUGGGAGUCGACUUCCUUGGCGACAUUCCCCUCGAUGCGCAAGUGUGUGAAGAUGCAGACCGUGGCAUGCCCACUGUUGUGGCAGAAGAGAGUGCCGACAGGAGUGCCCGGCGCCAGGCUUUCCUCGACGUUGCCGAGCAGGUGGCCAAGAAGAUUGGCCUCGAGUGGCGCUAGGAUCCGAGUCACCCGAUUCCAUUGAUGAUUGUAUAAUUAUGAAUUCCCUGCACGGACUUGUACAUGUUGCAUUUCUACUGAGCCGUUUCAGACGGCGCCGGUGGGCCAUUCCAUAUGAUAGCGUUCUUCGUUUGUACCAAUAGAUUUUACUACUC